GAAACCUCAAACCUCAGUAUCACACCCUCGCCGUUUGUAUUGUCUCACCAGAAAUCUCUUCUGGCAUUUUCUUAGAUUUCUUCUCACCUUCUGAUGGAAGAUGAAAUCACCCUCGCUUUGAGUCAGGCCUCUGUAACUCAGAGACCAAUGCAUCUUAUCCAUCGGCGAUCCUUGCUGGAAUUUAAGACCUCGAGAAGCUUCGUCUGCCUCUCUCUUAGCCGAAAUCAGCCCCGUCUUUUGAAGCAGUCAAGACUCCGCACCUCAGUCCUUUGUAGCUCCCUCUCAAAGAGAAUCCGGUCUUCUUCUCCGUGCUAAGUUUUCCAUUCGAAUUUGUAUUAUAACCUCAGCCCCAAUUUACCUCUAAGAUGGGUUAGAUGGCCGAAAUACCUUCAGCCCACCUUCUGCUACACCAGUUCUCCUGGAUUAGCCACCUCCCAGAUGUGAUUUAAAGAGAAGUGGAAUAAAUUAAAUGUGCUCCGAAACCAUUAGGAUAAGCUCAUCCGCACCAUUUUGAUUACUUCUUGUGCAAGGAUCUCAGGAAGAGCCCAAAAAAGAUAGAUUACUUCACCUGGAUUGCUGUGAACUAUUUAGGAAGCACAAGCUUUACUCUAUGGUGUGCUAUAAGUACAUCCAAGUGUUAUCAAACCUUCAUCAAACGCCGCCUACAGGCUACAGCCCGAGAAGAUUUUUAUAUUUUCUUCCCAAGAGAGCACGUUGAAUCUGUUUCUCCAAUUCUUUGGUGCGAGUCAAAAGACAAAUUAAGAACCAAGGAAUCAUCAGUUCUUGAUCCUCAUCUGCCUCGACCACAUCUUCGCCGUCUUACACCACAACCCCUUUUGUCCUCCUCUCAUGUUGUUAUUCGUAAGAGCUAGGAUUUUAUUCUUCUGGAGGCGACUCAAUUCUCUGUGGACUAUGAUGGGCAUCAACACACUGGUUUUAAACUACUAAUAUUUCUUACAAUCUUCAUGUUUAUGGUGAUUUCCCUUUUCAAUUAAUUAAUGAAUAUACUUUUCUACACAUAAUAGAUAAGUAAAGCUAUCAAAAGUGUGGCAGUCUAUUGUGGAUGGGCUGCAGAUAUAUCCUUUCAGUACAAAAUUAUACGGUGCAUUAGUUCAAAUCAGUCAUCUUUACUGUUUGCCAAAUAAGCUAAGGGUGAUUUUCGACCAAUACUUCAAUAGGCAUGUCCGUCUGCAGUAUAUGCUUUAUGUGCAAAUAAUGGAUUAUUUCAUAAAUCAUGUUUCUGUGCAUCCAAUGUUUCUUUUGGUUUUUGCCCAAAUUUAUAGAUCUUUAUAGAUUAUUACAUUUUUAAAACAAUCAAUUUUUUCUUACACUUAUAGGUCAUUUGGAAGAAUAGUAAAUUUAACCUCAUACCUUGAGAGCAAUGUCUCCUUUUAAUCUGCUAACUGGCUCUCUUUUUCUAUGACAUAGUUACUACUGCAAUGUAGGAGAAAUGGGUAUAAGAAUAUUCAAACAUUUUUAACUACAACACUGAAAUCCCCAGUAAUUUUUGGUCAAUUUAAUCUUUUCAUUUAUGAUAACUUCUUUCUUAGACUACAACUAGCUAUCAUGUUCGUGAAAUGCUAUUUAAUAAAAGAUGUUCCUAAUGUUGUAGUAUUCACCUAUUAAUUUUGAUAUUGCUUAUUAAAAAUAUGUUCCUGUUUUCACGAAACUUGUACAACCUACACACUGACCAAAAUUUUUGCAUUUUGUCUUUAAAGUGAGAAAAGAAAACACUUCCAGUGUGAAGGUGGUUUUUUUGUCUUUUGUGGGUGAAAAAUAUAGCCAAUACGAAGGUGGUUCUUUUUUGUUUUCAGGGACAUACAGUCACCAAUAUUCAUAGACAAAGUCGCACGGCUUGUAAAUAAGUUAAAUCAAUCGAAUGAAUCAUUUAACCACAAAGAACCUUGUAGUACUUUAAUGUCUUUUUGUUGUCUUCCUGGGAUUAGAUACAUAUUCUUUUGUUUAAGUCAAAAAGGUUAUGUCUUGAUGGUUUCCUCAAGCUAAAUACUGUACUAACUGCAAAGGAGCUCUCAGAUCUUCACGAAGUAAAUACCAUACUAAAAGUUAUCCAUUUAUUUUAAGUACAGCUUAGGCAAAUAAAAGUGAUGUGAACAUAAUCAUCUCUAUAGUAUUUGAGAAUUAAUCAUUCAACUCUCUUUAUUUGUUUGGAUUCAAAUUUAUCAUUCAUCAUUUUCAUUUACCUCUGUAGGUUUUGGGAAUUGAUUUCAUUCAUUGAAGAUGCCAAUCGGCCAGAGUAUUUAUACAGAUAUACAAGAACUAAUCAGCUAGUGUAGAUCCUAAAAAAUAGGAUCUUGAUAACUACAAGCUUAUCUCUUAAUAACAACUUCUAUUCUAAUCUAUUCGGCUAAGUAUGUACACCAAAUUAAAUCAUGUAACAUUUUCUACAAUAAUGUAACACUUUCUACACUCCCCCUCAAGUUGGUGAAUAUAUAUCAUACAUUCCCAACUUGUUUAUAAGCAGUUCGAACACAGGUUUAAAUAAUCCUUUGGUGAAGAUAUCAGCUGUUUGAUCUUUAGUAGAUACAAAUGGUGUGCAAACAAUUCCAGCUUCUAUCUUCUCCUUGAUGAAAUGUCUGUCCACUUCAAUGUGCUUAGUUCGAUCAUGUAGCACAGGAUUAUGAGCAAUGCUUAUAGCUGCUUUAUUAUCACAGUACAACUUCAUAGGCAGUUCCAUCUCCAUCUUCAGUUCUGUGAUUACUCUCUUGAUCCAGAGCAAUUCACAUAUUCCAUUUGCCAUAGAUCUGAAUUCUGAUUCUGCACUACUUCUAGCAACCACAUUUUGUUUCUUACUUCUCCAAGUUACUAAAUUGCCCCAUACAUAGGUACAAUAUCCAGAAGUAGACCUCCUAUCAGAUAUUGAGCCAGCAUAAUCUGCAUCAGUAUAGGCCUCAAUUGUCCUACUGUUUCCUUUUUUGAAGAACAAUCCUUUCCCUGGGCAGCUCUUCAGGUACCUUAGAAUCCUGUAAGUAGCAUCAAGAUGUUCCUGGAAAGGAUUAUGCAUAAACUGGCUCACCAUACUUACUGCAAAUGCAAUAUCUGGCCUUGUAUGUGCCAGAUAUAUUAAUCUUCCCACCAAUCUUUGAUAUUGGUGAAUGUCAACUGGAAUUCCCUCCUUGAUAUCUCCCAACUUCUGACCUGGAUCAAUUGGAGUGUCUGCUGGUUUGCAUGCACUCAUCCCAGUUUCCUGCAGAAGAUCUAAGAUAUAUUUUCUUUGUGAGACAACAAUACCCUUUCUUGAUCUAGCUAUCUCCAUUCCCAGAAAGUAUUUUAAAUCUCCUAGGUCUUUGACUUCAAAUUCCUGAGCAAGCUUUUCUUUUAAGUUCUUAGUCUCUGUAUGAUAAUUUCCUGUGAGGAUAAUAUCAUCUACAUAGACAAUUAGUAUUGCAAUCUCCCCCUUGCCUGAAAACUUCAUGAAUAAUGUAUGAUCAGCUUGAGCCUGAUUAAACCCUUGCUUCUUUAUAAAUUUUGUGAACCUAUCAAACCAGGCUCUUGGAGACUGUUUAAGCCCAUACAGAGCUUUCUCUAAUUUGCAUACCUUUGAACCAAAUUUGUUCUCAAAUCCAGGAGGAGGUUUCAUAUACACUUCUUCUUCAAGUUUCCCAUUUAAGAAAGCAUUCUUUACAUCCAAUUGUUGCAGUGGCCAGUCUAAAUUAGCAGCAAGAGAUAAUAGAAUUCUUACAGUGUUCAACUUUGCAACUGGUGCAAAGGUUUCUGUAUAGUCAAUGCCAUAGGUCUGUGUGUACCCCUUAGCAACUAACCUUGCCUUAUAUCUCUCCAGACUUCCAUCUGCUUUAAACUUAGGAGUAAAAAUCCACCUGCAACCAACUGUUGGUUUGUUUUUAGGCAACUCUACAAGCUUCCAUGUCUGAUUCUUUUCAAGAGCCUCCAUCUCCUCCAAAACAGCUUUCUUCCACUCAGGUUUAGAUAGAGCAUCCUGUAUGGUUGAAGGAAUAGAGAUAGAGGAAACACUGGAAGUAAAUGUUGCAAAAACUGAGGACAAUUUAGAAUAAGAAACAUGGUUUGAGAUAGGGUAUUUAACACAUGUUCUUCUUUCUUUUCUAAGAGCAAUUGGAAGAUCAAGAUGACUAGAAGUAUUACCUUUUUCACUCCCUGUCAUUGAGUCAGAAUCAUGCACAGAAGUAGGUUCAGGAACUUCCUCUAUCCUUUGAUUUGGAAUUCUUCUCUCAUAAACUUUGCCAAAGAAUUUACUUGUCUGUUGAUCUCCUUUUUCAAUUGGUUCAGUUGUAUUUAUUUCAUUAUUUGUUAAUUCUUGACUAUUUUCAUAUGCACCUAUAUUUUUAAAGGAAUGAACAUCUAGAUCAAUGUCAAGAAAAUUAAGGUUUUCAUGGAUAUAUGGCACUGUUUGAUCAUCUUUACUCAAAUUCUCCCCCUGAAGAUGAUUAUCAAAGAAAGGUUGAUCUUCCACAAAAAAAGUGUCCAUUGUAACAAACAUUUUUUGUGUUUUAGGAUCAAAACAUUUAUACCCUUUUUUAGUGGAAGAAAUCCCUAGGAAAACACAUUUUGUGCCUUUAGGAUCAAACUUACUUGCAGAUUUAUCUGGGUUUUUAAUAAACACUGUGCAACCAAAUAUUUUCAAGGGAAGAGUACCAAUAAAUCUGUUUGUAGGAAAACAGUUUUGUAGUGUGUUGAUAGGACUUUUAAAUCCCAGAAUUUUUGAUGGCAUUCGAUUAAUCAAAUAGGUAGCAUGUAACACAGCCUCUCCCCACAAAUAUUUUGGUAUUUUUGUUGAAAACAUGAUUGCACGAGUGACUUCAAGUAAAUGUCUAUUUUUUCUUUCUGCAAUUCCAUUCUGAGCUGGUGUAUUGAUACAAGAGCUUUGAUGAAUUAUUCCUUUUUCAGCAAAAAAACUGUUUAGGGUUUGAGAAAAAUAUUCACGGCCAUUAUCACUUCUUACCAUUUUAAUAUUGGUAUUGAAUUGAGUUUGGACCAUUGCAUAAAAAUCCCUAAACACUUUUUCC